AACAUGUGUCAUGUGAGACACGCAUGCGCAGUGGUAGUCAUGUUCAGUUUCAUUAUGAGCAACCCGCUGGUAUUUUUCAUGGUUAUAGGGAUUGGCGUGCACGUGCUGCACGCCUUCCCACACACCCUUUUACAGCCAAGGAAACAUGAUGGAUUCAAAACAGAAGAGCAGUUCAGCGAGAGGUAUUUCCGUCAAACUGUGGACCACUUCAACUUCAACAGCAUGGGCAACGGAACCUUCAGUCAGCGAUACCUGAUCACAGAUAAGUAUUGGAUGGAAGGCUAUGGUCCUAUAUUCUUCUACACCGGCAAUGAGGGUGACAUCUGGGAGUUUGCAUCCAACGCGGGAUUCAUCGCAGAGUUGGCUGGCCAGCUCCGAGCCUUGGUGAUUUUUGCUGAACAUAGAUACUAUGGCAGGUCGCUGCCGUUCGGCACAGACUCGUUUGGCGUGCCGCAGAUCGGCCUGCUGACAGUGGAGCAGGCCCUCGCCGACUACGCCGUCAUGAUCAGGGAGCUGAAGCAGCAGCUGGGCGCUGCAGACUGUCCCGUCAUCGUGUUUGGUGGCAGUUAUGGUGGAAUGCUGUCGGUCUACAUGAGGCUCAAGUAUCCAAACCUUGUGGCUGGAGCUCUGGCUGCCAGCGCCCCUGUGCUGUCCACUGCGGGGCUUGGAGACUCCGCCCAGUUCUUUAGAGAUGUUACGGCUGAUUUUGAGAGCAUUGCCUGUGAAUGCACAGAUGCUGUGAGAGGAGCUUUCCAUCAGCUGAGAGAAUUAGCCCAACACCAAGAAUACAGUCGCAUCCAGACACAGUUCCACUUGUGCAAGCCUCCAUCAUCUGCUGAGGAUAUCCAUCAGUUGAACGGGAUGCUGAGGAAUGCUUUCACUAUGAUGGCCAUGUUGGAUUACCCCUACAGCACUCACUUCAUGGGGAACAUGCCCGCCAACCCGGUCAAGGUAGCCUGUGAGACCAUGCUGAGUGGUCCUGAUCUGCUCAGCAGCCUAAGGAACACUGCAGGGAUUGUUUACAACUCUACCGGGCUGCUGUCCUGUUUUGACCUGUACAGUCUGUUUGUGGAGUGUGCUGAUCCCACCGGCUGUGGACUAGGGCCAGACAGCCUGGCCUGGGACUAUCAGGCGUGCACAGAGAUUGAUCUGUGCUAUGAGAGCAACAAUGUGACAGACAUGUUCCCUCCCAUGGCCUUCACCCAGAGAGACCGCCAGCUUUACUGUGCCAAACGCUGGGCUGUAGUUCCCCGACCAGACUGGUUAAAAACUCAGUUCUGGGGAGACGCCCUGUCCACAGCCAGCAACAUCAUCUUCUCAAAUGGGGAUUUGGACCCAUGGGCAAACGGAGGGGUGCGCAAGUCCUUGAGCUCAUCAUUAAUAGCUGUCAACAUUUCUGGAGGAGCCCAUCAUCUGGAUCUGAGAGGUUCUAAUGAUGCUGACCCAGAGUCUGUAAUCAAUGCCAGGAAGACCGAAGCAGACCUCAUCGCACAGUGGGUGAAGAUGGAGCGGACCAGAUCACAGCGUUCACUUAAAAGCACCUAUUCCCCCAAAGUGUCCCGAUUGUCAAAGUCUGCAUCAUGGUCAAUUUGAACGACACAACGUACAGGAACAGAGGAGUUGCUUUUUUUCUUUUCUUGAUUGACUUAAUUCAGCACUACACAGUAUUGUUUUAUAGCUUCAGUUAUCUGGUACAACUGGAUCCUAAAUCAUAUGGAUCAAUGCUAUUACGUAUUUAACAUUUCAGAUGAGGUGUGACUAGUUAUGAGCACUACUGUAAAGUGUGUUGUAAUUCAAUAAAACUUCUACAGCUUUACAAAAGUAAAA